CUGAAUGAAGUGUGUUGUGGAGUGACUCCGGGAGCGGCGGGUGUCCCGGACGCGGAUCAAAGCGGCUGCCCCGGCGGGCGAUCCGGGAGCUGGGCGGCCGAAGCGGAUCCACCAGCCGGGGGCCCUGCCCGGCCCCAGGGGGAGCAGGUGGCCCGAGCCAGCAUGUCCUAGCCCGCCCGGCGCAAUGCGGAGCGGCCGCCCCCCGGGACGUUUCCUGGGGCUCCUUCUCCUGCUCUGCCGCCCGGAGCUCGCCGCCCCCCAGGCAGUGUGUGCGGGGACCCUGAACGGGCUGAGCGUGACGGGCGAUGCCCAGCACCAGUACCAGACGCUGCACAAGAUGUACAACAACUGCGAGAUCGUCAUGGGCAACCUGGAGAUUGUGCUGAUCGACCACAGCCAGAACCUGUCCUUCCUGCAGACCAUCCGGGAAGUGACGGGCUACGUCCUCAUCGCCAUGAACGUCUUCACGUACCUGCCCCUGGGGAACCUGCGCGUCAUCCGGGGGACCCAGCUCUACGAGGACAAAUACGCCCUCUUCGUGCUUCUCAACUACCACACCAACGGCUCGCACGCCCUCCGCCAGGUGGGGUUCAACCAGCUCACGGAGAUCCUGGCGGGCGGGGUCGACAUCGAGAGGAACGAGCAAUUGUGCCACGUGGACACUAUCGAGUGGAGGGACAUCAUCCGAGACCAGCUGAUCGACCCGGUGGUUCGGCAAAAUGGCAGGAAUUGUGCCCCCUGCCAUGAGAGCUGUGACAGACACUGCUGGGGCCCGAACCCAGAGGACUGCCAGAAAUUGACCAAGACCAUCUGCGCCCCCCAGUGCAACGGGCGCUGCUUCGGGCACAGCCCCAGCGAGUGCUGCCAUGACGAGUGUGCGGGGGGCUGCACCGGCCCCCGCCAGACUGAAUGCUUCGCCUGCCGCCACUUCAACGACAGCGGGGCCUGCGUCCCGCUCUGCCCCCAGCCGCUGAUCUACAACAAACUCACCUUCCAGCUGGAGCCCAACCCCGACACCAAGUACCAGUACGGGGGCGUCUGCGUCGCCGAAUGCCCACAUAACUUCGUGGUGGAUCAGAGCUCCUGUGUGCGGGCCUGUCCGAAGGACAAGAUGGAGGUGGAGAAGAACGGCCUGAAGAUGUGUGAGCCGUGCCCUGGACUCUGCCCCAAAGCCUGCGAGGGGACGGGCGUCGGGAGCAAAUACCAGACUGUCGAUUCAAGCAACAUCGACGGGUUCAUCAACUGCACCAAGAUCCGGGGCAACCUGGACUUCCUCAUCACGGGGCUGAACGGGGACCCCUGGUGCAACAUCUCGGCCCUGGAUCCGGAGAAGCUGAACGUCUUCCGGACGGUGCGGGAGAUCACGGGUUAUCUGAACAUCCAGUCGUGGCCCAAACACAUGCAUAACUUCAGCGUCUUCUCCAACCUCGUCACCAUCGGGGGCCGGAGCCUGUACAACCGCGGCUUCUCCCUGCUGAUCAUGAAGAACCUGAACGUGACGUCGCUGGGGCUGCGCUCGCUGCGGGAGAUCAGCGCGGGCAAGGUGUACGUCACCGAGAACCGGCAGCUCUGCUUCCUCCACACCGUCAACUGGGGGGCGCUGUCCCGCCGCCGGGGCGACCUGGAGAUCAAGGACAACAAGCCCCGGGGCAAGUGCGUGCAAGAAGGGAAGGUGUGUGACCCGCUCUGCUCCAGCGACGGCUGCUGGGGGCCUGGCCCCGACCAGUGCAUCUCCUGCCGCAACUACAGCCGGGAGGGGACCUGUGUGGCCACCUGCAGCUUCUACCAAGGGGCGACCCGGGAAUAUGCCCGUGGGGGCAAGUGUUACCAGUGCCACCCGGAGUGCAAGAGGAUGGAGGGCAACCUGACCUGCCACGGCUCGGGCGCCGACGCCUGCGUGCGAUGUGCCCGGUACAAGGACGGGCCCCACUGCGUGGACAGCUGCCCCGAGGGCAUCCUGGGCGAGCAGGGGCCCAUCUACAAGUACCCGGACGCCAACCACGAGUGCCACCCCUGCCACGAGAACUGCACGCGGGGGUGCCUCGGGCCGCAGAUCCAGGACUGCGUCACAGAGCCCCUGCCCGUCGCCAGGAAAAGCCCCACGGUCAUAGCGGUGAUGGUCGUGGGCUGCCUCUUCAUCUCCUGCUCCUGCUUCCUGCUCGCCCUCCUGUACUGGCGCGGCAAGAAGAUCCAGAAGAAGCGGGCGAUGCGCCGCUACCUGGAGAGGGGCGAGAGCCUCGAGCCCCUGGACCCAAGCGAGAAAGCCAACAAGGUGCUGGCCCGGAUCUUGAAGGAGACGGAGCUGAGGAAGCUGAAGGUGCUGGGCUCUGGUGUGUUCGGGACGGUGCACAAGGGCGUCUGGAUCCCGGACGGAGACUCCAUCAAGAUCCCGGUCAGCAUCAAGGUGAUAGAGGACCGGAGCGGCCGCCAGACCUUCCACGCCGUCACCGACCACAUGCUGGCCAUUGGCAGCCUGGAACACGCCUACAUCGUGCGGCUGCUGGGCAUCUGCCCCGGGCCGCAGCUGCAGCUGGUGACGCAGCUCCUGCCGCUGGGCUCGCUGCUUGACUACGUGCACAAGAACAGGGACGCCAUCGGGCCGCAGCUGCUGCUCAACUGGUGCGUGCAGGUUGCCAAGGGCAUGUACUACCUGGAAGAGCAUCGCAUGGUCCAUCGGAACCUGGCCGCCCGCAACGUCCUGCUGAAGUCGCCCAGCCAGGUGCAGGUGGCGGAUUUCGGGAUCGCCGACCUGCUCUACCCCGAUGACAAAAAAUACUUCUACAAUGAGAUCAAGACUCCGAUUAAAUGGAUGGCGCUGGAGAGCAUCCACUUCGGGAAGUACACACACCAGAGCGACGUCUGGAGCUACGGCGUGACGCUGUGGGAGAUGAUGACGUUCGGGGCAGAACCCUACACGGGGAUCCGGCUGGCCGAGGUGCCCGACCUGCUGGAGAAGGGCGAGCGGCUCAUGCAGCCCCAGAUCUGCACCAUCGACGUCUACAUGGUGAUGGUGAAAUGCUGGAUGAUCGAUGAAAACGUCCGUCCCACCUUCAAGGAACUGGCCAAUGAGUUCACUCGCAUGGCCCGCGACCCGCCCCGCUAUCUGGUCAUCAAGAGGGAGAGUGGGCCGCUGCCCCCCGCCGAGCCCCCCCUGAGCGACAAGGAGCUGGAGGACAUGGAGACGCUGGAGCUGGAGCUGGAGGAGGAGCUGAGCUCCUUCAACGCGGCCACCGGCCUCUUCGCCUCCAGACAGCGUGUGGACUACGCCCGGAGCCCGAACCUGAGCCCCCCGGCCGGCUACAUCCCCAUGAACCAGACUGGCCUCAGCAGCUGCCGCCAGGGCGCCGGGCUGGGCUCCCGGCAGACCCUGCGGGCCAGGCAGGAGUCGGUGGGGCGGACGGUGUCGGAGUCGUCGGAGGGCCGGGGCACGGCCUCGGAGUGCGAGCUGACGGAGGAGCUCUCCCUGCCGGGCAGCCUGUGCCAGGGCCUGCGCUCCCGGGGCGACAGCGCCUACCUCUCCCAGCGCGAGAGUUUCCCCCUGUCCGCGGGCACCGCCGACGGCGAGGAGGACGUCAACGGCUACGUCAUGCCGGAUCUCCACGGCCGAGAGCGAGCGGCCAGCGUCGCCCGGGCUGCGGGGGACGGCCGCGCCUCGGAGCCGGAGGAGGAGUACGAGUACAUGAACAGACGCCCCGCGCAGCCCCAGCAGAGGCCCCCGCAGCCCCGGCCGGCCUCCCUGGAGGAGCUGGGCUAUGAGUACAUGGACCUGGGCUCGGAGCGGAGCGCCUCCCUGGGCAGCAUGCAGACCGCCCCGCUGCCCGCGGCCGGCUGGGAGGCGGGCGGGGCCGAGGAGGACUACGAAUACAUGAACAAGCAGCCCAGGCUCAGCCAGUCCCUGAGCAGCGUGCUGAGCUCGCCGGGGGCCGGGCAGGACGACUACACCUGCAUGAGCGCGGCCGUCCCGCGGGGCUCCCCCGAGGAGCAGGGCUACGAGGUGAUGGAGGCCAUCCUGGCGCCGGGGAGCGGGCUGGGCCCGGGCUGCCCCAGCUCGCCCUGCCCCAAGAACGGCUUCAUGAAACCCCUGCGGAGCCUGGAAGCCUCGGACUGCGCCUUCGACAACCCCGAUUACUGGCACAGCCGGCUGUUCGCCAAGGCGGACGCCCUGCGGACCUAGGGGGCAGCGGGGGCGUGCCCAACCCGCCUGUCCCUGGGGGGGCAGGGCCGUUGGACUCGGGCUCCUGCCUGCCCCUCGCCGAACGAGCCCCGCGGGGGGGCUGGGAGCGAACAUCCUGCCCCAGCCCCAGCGGGUAUUUACAGGCUGCCGCGACUCUGGGCGGAAACGGCGAACGCCCCCUUAACGGGGCAGCGGGGGCGGGGGCCUGCCCCUGUGACUGGGCCCACUGCAUGCUGGGAUGCAGGCUAGUUCUGGCAGCUGGGGGGCAAUGCGUUGCCCUACUGUGAAAUCAAACCAGUCUGGGGGGGGGGGGGCAGCCCCCUCCCCCUUUCCGCCUCAGGAUCACAGACAUACGGACGCAGGACAGAUGCCUACGUCUGGUGAGGUGGGCAGGGGAGUCAGGGGCUGCGUCCUCCCCUCCCCCCGUGGGAAAAGCUUCCUAUCAUGAGCUCCCAGCAUAGGGGCUGGGGGCGUUUGGGUCCCAGCUGUGGAUCAAGCAUGGAAGGGCCCCUGGUGGGGAGCAGCUGGAGGACGGGGCUGCCUCAUUCCUCACCCCCAAUCAAGCAAACAAUGGGGUGGGGGUCUGUUUACACCUGGAUAUGAAGAAUCCCGGAGCUGCUCCAGGCAGGGCCGUGGGGUGAAGUGAACAGAAGAGGGGGCUGCUGGUUUGGGGUCUAGUGGGUAAAAUGCUGGACUGGGAGCCAGAACUCCUGAGUUCUGUGUCACAGACUCACUGCUCUGGGCCUCAGUUUCCCCUUCAGGGCCACGUAGGGAGUAAUAGCUAUAGACCUUUAUAAAAUGCUGGGAGAGAUCUGGGCAGACCUGCCCCAGGCUUCUCUCUCUCCUGGCCCCCUGCAAACCAGGGGUUCCCCAACGGCUGCUGCCCCCCUCCCUUGCUGCCACCGAGCUAGGCACAGCGUAGGAGGGGAGGCUGUAGCUGGGUGGAGAGAGUUGGUGAGUCGGGCUCUGUUCCUUUCCACCCGAUUUCCACUGGUGUAAGAAGCUGGCGUCUGCUCUCGAUCCCCCAGAGUUACUCCUGAUUCACACCAGUAUAAACCGGGGUGAUCAGAACCAGCGCACACGCCUGGGGGUGAUCCCAGCCGGGGGCCUGAGAAAAGGAAGGCCAGCAGGCUCCAACCUCCGCCCUCCCGUCCCGUCACCCAGCGGAAGCCGUACCCGAUGAGAGGUGUGGGGAGCGGCGACGACAUCCCAAGCCCGUGGGGAAGGAAUGAAGUUGAUGUUUUUGCACUGAAUCUUGUGGCGUGGUUCACUCCACGUGCGAAGCUGGAGCAGGGUGGCCUGGCUCGCGGGCUGCGUCCCUGCCCGGGGCUCCGACCCGCGUUCCCCUGUCUUUCCUCUCCUCCGACAAGGGCCUCUGUGUUUGUCACGGGCCCGCGCUGUCUGUUGUGUCCAGUGUCUGUUCCCUGAGCUGUGUGUCUGGAAUCGCCAAAGGGCUGCUGAAUUGUUUCUGUCCUCUGCAGGGAGCAGAGCACUUGUGCCCUCCUUGCCACCCCCAAUGAAGCAAGUUCGGGGUUCUGAAUUCUUUCCACUUGAGGCCAUGGGAUGUCAGUGAAAUUUACCUGGGGGACUCACAGCGGGUCUGAGCAGCCUUGGUGAAAGUGGCGGAAGGCGACGACUCCUUGGGAGGGGAGCGUUGUCUAGGGGUUAGAGCACGGAGCGUGCGAGUCAGGAUUCCUGGGUUCUGAUCCCACUCUUAGAGGGAAUGGGGUCCUUCCUUGCGCUCACGGCUGCACUUGGAGCCAGGAAUCCUGAUUCUGCUCCCAGCUCCAGGAGGAAAUGGGUGUCUAGCAGUUAGAACAGGCUGUCCCCCUCCGCUCUCUGCGUUCUGUAAGGGGAAGGUGCAGGUGCAUUACCCCCCAGCUCUCCCCCCACCUUGCUCAGCCAGAGGAUGGGGCGGGAGGGGGGACAGAUGAUACUACGAAUGUCUGACUAGAGCGGGGACCUGCAUGGGCCUUUGGAAGGGAGUGUGUGGCAGGUCUCCCCGGGCUCCUCCCUGGCACCUCCCCUCCCGGUUGCAGCCGGCUGAGCAGGGGGAGCCAGCCCCAUUGCCCUGAACUGGCUGUGGAGAUCAGAGACUGGAGAUCAGAUCUGGGGUGUCCAGGGAGACCGUCUCCCCUCCGCUAGAGCCGUGGGGAAGCACCGACUCGUGAUUCCCCCUCCCCCAGCGUGGGGCAGGGUGCGUGACACGUCUGUCCUAAAACACAGCCCUGCACGUCCGGGCUAAGGAACAGCGCGGGCACUGGGCCCCUGCUUGGCACACGUCUAAAAGCUGCCACUCUGCCCCCUGCUGGCAAGUGGCACUAACUCUGCAGAAAAGCGUUCUCACGUGGGAAGGGUUUAUUGUAUUUCAGAAUGAAAAGUAGAAACAAGCCUGAGGUCUCCCCACCCGUUCUGUGCUUUAACCAGGCUGCACUGCUCCAUCCAUUUUUAUUUGUUUUAAAUGCAGGAGCCGAUAGCCUGCUAGGCCUGGACUCCUGGGUUCUAAUAAUCAAUCAAUAGCAUGACAGGGUGCGGGGUUUGCUGUGUUUUCUUCCCAGCCUCUCCGAAGGAGAAAGAACUAAGGAACACACCAAAAGCCACCUGGCAGAGCUGAGCACGGGGGCAGCAGCUCUGGGCCUGCACCUUCCUACUAAACUCAAAGGGGCUGAUCCCGGUUUUGCUUCCAACCGGACUAAUUCUGAUGAAAUCACUGGGUCCAAAUCCUCUUCAGGUUGUUUACACCUGUGCAAAGGCCACGUAAACUUGGCAGCUCACAAUAGUAGCAUACUGAGGGAUGCCGGGGAAGAUCAGGUGCAAACUGAGCCAAUCCAGUUUGCUAAUUAGUUCUUUUAAAGAAACACAAUGCCUCCAGUAGCCUUGCCUGGAUCUUCCAGAAGAGCCCCCUCCUUGUACAUUUUCAAAGCAUAAAGGUUAACGUUCUGGAAAGUGGGGAGUACUUUUUUUUCCCCCCUCCUGUCCUUGUUUCCAUUGUCUUGCUGUGUGUCAGAACUGGUGGAAUGAAGGUUAAAAGAAAUCUCUGAGCUUUACAAUUUUACCUGUGGGACUCUCAGCCGCAGGAUGAAAUAGCUUUAGUGUUUUGUUUUUUAAAAGCAUGAGACACUUACAGGAAUAGUAAAACCAUUUGUAGUGACACAAGCUAGGAUAAAAGUCCCAACAUUCGAAGGGAAUAGACUACUAUUGCAUAUUUAGGCUCUGGUCGUGGAAGGAGAUGCAUAGAGUUGGACUCAUUUGUAGCAACUGGGGAUGUAUUUAUUAAUAGAGAGGCCCUGUCAACAAAUUUGCUCUGGCAUGAGCUCGGCAAACCAACUACAUACAAACUGCAGUGUACAAUAUACCAUGGCCAUAAUGAAUACAACAUUGGUGAAGUCAGGAAAUUGUACGCUGUGUGCUGUGCUCUGCGACCGUGCAAACAAAUAUUCUAAAGUCAAGGAGGGCUUUGUGAGCAGCGGUGCCAACUUCAAGUAUUCAGAAAUCACAAGCUCAGCUAUAAAAUCCUGGUUGUUUUUGAAAUGAGUUUGGUUUGGGUAUUCUGUUUUAAUUUGCCUUCUGGUGUCUGACCCUUUAGGUCCCACAAGGAGUCGGAUUUUCAAGCUUUUCAGUGCAGCCACUAAGACUAGAGCCAUACUUUAUUUAAUAUGAAGCUUUAAGAAAACACAAAAUGCAAAACCAUACGCUGUGAGCGUUGGCAGUGCAAAGGAAGGGCCUCUCCAAACGCAUCUCACUGCCAGAUCGGGGCCAUAGGCGCGUUGUUACAGGUGGGUGGGGGUUGGUGCCUUCCUCUCAAGCGUUGGGCAUCCGUCAUGCUCAGGGCUGGGACGCCGGUUUGGCUGGGCCCAUGAACCCCCACGUGGGAAACCCUCGCUCGUGCCGUCUCUCUCGGUUUUCUGUGCUUCCCGUCACUGAAGGAGUUUUAAUGUUGUUGUUUUUUUAAGACAAAAUAAAAAUGAAGCUGAUGAACAUGG